UGGAGAAGGAGAGAAAAUGGGAGGGGAGGAGGUGGGCUGAGGGGCAAGACCAGGAGGAAAGAGAGAGAAAGGCAAGACCGGAGGGGAGCCAGCCAUGCUUAUCCUAACAACAGCCAAGAAGUGGUGGCCUGGCCUGCUGAGAACCAGAAAGCUAGGAGAAAGAGGAAAAUUGACCAGGAUGCCAACGUUCCCAUGAGCAGGCACCUCUGUCUGAAGUUAAUAGAAGUUCAAUGGGGUCCUGCCAAUAUGCCCUCCAAAAGGGAGGGACAAGGCUUUUUUCUGGCAGCUAAGGCUCAAACCAUGAAUUACGUGGGGCAGUUGGCGGGCCAGGUGUUUGUCACCGUGAAGGAACUCUACAAGGGCUUGAAUCCUGCCACCCUGUCUGGAUGCAUCGAUAUCAUCGUUGUGCGCCAACCCAAUGGGAGCCUUCAGUGCUCCCCUUUCCACGUCCGCUUUGGGAAGAUGGGGGUCCUGCGCUCCCGAGAGAAAGUGGUUGACAUAGAAAUCAAUGGGGAAUCUGUGGAUUUGCACAUGAAAUUGGGAGAUAAUGGAGAAGCGUUUUUUGUUCAAGAGACUGAUAAUGAUCAGGAAGUGAUCCCCAUGCACCUGGCCACCUCCCCUAUCCUCUCAGAGGGAGCCUCGCGAAUGGAGUGCCAGCUGAAAAGGAACUCUGUAGACAGGAUAAGAGGCCUGGACCCCAACACAUCAGCCCAAGUCUUACCCCCUAGUGAGACCCCUUCAGGUGGCUCUUUAGGGAAGAAGAGAAGAAAAAGGAGGAGAAAAUCCCAGCUGGACACCCUGAAAAGAGAUGACGACAUGAACACGUCUGAAGAUGAAGACAUGUUUCCCAUAGAGAUGAGCUCGGAUGAGGAGACCGAACCGUUGGACAGCAGUAGAACUCUUUCUAAUGAUAUACCUCCAUUCCAAGAAGAUAUCCCUAAGGAAAACCUCUCCCCAGUCAUGACUUAUCCUCAGUCAGCAUCGUACCCUAAUUCCGAUAGAGAGUGGUCCCCCAAUACCAGUAGCCCGCUAGAUUGCAAAAGGACUCACCUCCAUCUGGCAGUUGCGGCCGAGGGAGGUCUUUCUAGCUCUUGUCCUCCGCAGUCUUCCCACUUCCGUGCUUCAGACAGUCCUUCAGGUUCCCGACCUUCGACACCUAAAAGUGAUUCAGAAUUGGUCAGUAAGUCCACAGAUAGGACGAUGCAGAAGAAUAACCUAGAAAUGCUCUGGCUUUGGGGAGAAUUGCCACAAGCUGCCAAGUCGUCUCCACACAAGAUGAAAGACUGCAGCCCGUUGUGCAGUAGAAAAGUCUGUGAUAAAAUGCACUUUGAGGCCAUUCAUAGCGAGUCUUCAGAUGCCUUCAGUGACCAGUCGCCCACACUGCCCAGGGGGCGUCCUCCGCAGCCGCUGGAGGAGCAGAGCAAGUCUCAGACAGAGAUGCAGUUUGUGAAUGAGGAGGACGUCGAGGCCCUGGGAGCAGCAGCCCCGCCCUUACCGACGGCUGAAGAGCCCAAGCCGCUCUCUGCCAGCCCAGCCCCGACAGCGACGGCCAGCAAGACAGAGUCUCCUUCUCGGAAAAAAGACAAGCGAAGCCGACACCUGGGUGCUGACGGCGUCUACUUGGAUGACCUCACAGAUAUGGAUCCUGAAGUGGCUGCUCUGUAUUUUCCCAAAAACGGAGAUCCUUCUGGCCUCACAAAACAUGCCAAUGACAAUGGAGCCCGGUCAGCAAGCCAGUCCCCGCAGUCCGUGGGCAGUUCUGGCGUUGACAGUGGCGUGGAGAGCACCUCGGACGGCCUGAGGGACCUGCCGUCCAUUGCCAUCUCCCUCUGCGGGGGCCUCAGCGACAACAGGGAGAUAACCAAAGAUGCGUUUUUGGAGCAGGCGGUGUCGUAUCAGCAGUUUGCGGACAACCCUGCCCUCAUUGACGACCCCAAUCUCGUGGUGAAGAUCGGGAAUAAAUAUUAUAACUGGACAACAGCGGCACCUCUGCUCCUGGCGAUGCAGGCCUUCCAGAAACCUCUGCCAAAGGCCACUGUGGAAGCUAUCAUGAGGGAUAAGAUGCCCAGAAAGGGAGGAAGAUGGUGGUUUUCAUGGAGGGGAAGAAAUACCACAAUCAAGGAGGAGAGUAAGCCAGAGCAGGGCUUGGCUGGAAAGAGCCACAGCACCGGGGAGCAGCCGUCACAGCUUGGCAUGGCCACCAGAAUAAAGCAUGAGUCAUCCUCCAGUGAUGAAGAGCACUCAGCUGCCAAGCCGUCGAGCGCGGGCCACCUUGCUCUGUUGUCCAGCGUGGGCUACAAGAAGACCCUCCGGCUGACUUCAGAGCAGCUGAAAAGCUUAAAGUUGAAGAAUGGCCCCAAUGAUGUGGUUUUCAGCGUCACCACACAGUAUCAAGGCACGUGCCGCUGUGAAGGCACCAUCUAUUUGUGGAACUGGGACGACAAAGUCAUCAUUUCUGAUAUCGACGGAACAAUCACUAGAUCAGAUACUCUCGGCCACAUUUUGCCCACCCUCGGGAAGGAUUGGACCCACCAGGGCAUUGCUAAACUGUACCAUAAAGUGAGCCAAAAUGGAUACAAGUUUCUCUACUGCUCUGCGCGUGCCAUCGGGAUGGCAGACAUGACGCGGGGCUAUCUGCACUGGGUCAACGAGAGGGGCACGGUGCUGCCCCAGGGGCCCCUGCUGCUGAGCCCGAGCAGUCUCUUUUCCGCCUUGCACAGAGAAGUGAUUGAAAAGAAACCAGAAAAGUUUAAAGUCCAGUGUUUGACAGACAUCAAAAACCUGUUUUUUCCAAAUACGGAACCCUUCUAUGCUGCUUUUGGAAAUCGACCGGCUGAUGUGUAUUCAUACAAGCAAGUAGGAGUGUCUUUGAACAGAAUAUUUACUGUCAACCCCAAAGGAGAACUCGUACAGGAGCACGCAAAGACCAACAUUUCCUCGUACGUGCGACUCUGUGAGGUGGUCGACCAUGUCUUCCCCUUGCUGAAAAGAAGCCACUCUUCGGACUUCCCCUGCUCAGAUACAUUCAGUAAUUUCACCUUCUGGAGAGAGCCACUGCCACCUUUUGAAAACCAGGACGUUCAUUCUGCCUCAACGUAAAAUGUUGCAAGCAACCUCCUGACAUCACGUGGAGACCGGACACCCCCAUUAAAGGAUAGAUUUUGGGAGCCGUGGCGCGGGAGCUCGGGAGCCUGGCAUGCAUCCUUUGCUUAAGAGCAGGGAGAACUGAGAAGCAUUUCUCUCUCCCCCUGCCCUGGGGGUUGACAUUUCUCAGUGAAAUUAUAGACGAGGGAUCAGGCACCGUCUUAGUGUGGAAGGCAUUCCUCGGUUGUGGCUUAGAGCCAGGUGCAGCGCGUCCCUUCCCAGCCGGCUUGAGCAGUUCGUCUUCGGUUAAUGUGCAAUAUGGGCCUAUGAAACCUAAGCAGAGGCGGCUGACGGCAGUCCUCGCUGAUGACAGUGUCAGUCGAGGAACGCCGGAUGUCUGCGACUUCCAGCAGAGUAGGGGCACGUUUCCACCACAGCCGUUUGUGCCACCUCUUCCUCACCUGGCGGGAGGGCUGGGCUGGGUCACAUGACCUGAAUCUGAGGUCUCUGAAGGGACUCCAGACCUCACUGUUCUGGGCCUUGGCCUGUGGAUCUUCCCUUGCAGUAUUUGUCAACCAGUCUAAUUUUUAGGCGAUAAGUUCUUCUUUAAUUCCUUUGGUUAAAGAUAACCUAUGUAACUGGCAUAUUUUCCCCCAUUUCUGUGGCUCCAGGCUGGAAUAUUUAUGCCUUAAUGCAUCUGUGGCAGACAUUUUAUUUAGAAUGUGCUUUGUCUAGCUCUCCGUGACUUUGCAAUGCCUUAAGUUCAGAUUCUAGUAAAUAUUACUGAGGCAGUAUUUCCGGUCCGUUCAGCACUCUGCCAGCAGCCUUUUAUCCCCCAAGGUGGUGCUGAAAACGUGGACCAGAGCUGAUGCCAAAUGAGAGUCAUGUCGAUUUCUGUUAGGAGCUCUCAAAAGAAACUGGUUGGUUUUAAGAAAAUAGUUUCAGGAAGUUAAAUUAUAUACUUUGUAGAUGGUAUUAUUUAUUGCUUUCCUCUGAUUGAAUUGCUGUUGUAAGCAUUUUGGCCAUAUUCUUACUGUCAUUAAUCCAUUAAAAAGAUACACAUGUUAGACUAUCCAAAAAGCCUUAUUGUGUGUAUCUCACAACACUGACCUUCUUUUGAACUGAUGAGUAAUACUUGCUAUUUUCCUUAGCGUUUUUUCACUCAAAUUCAAGGCAAGUGGGUAAGUGAUAACUUAAGUGACAUUCUUUAAGCCAGUAGAAGAUGAUUCUUUUACUCGUUUAUUAAAUUGGCUUGUGGAGAGAACCAUUUGAAAAGUGAAAGAAUUAUUUCGGUCAAAGAUUUGCUUUACUUUUUCAAGUGUUAUUUUUUUAAAGAGUGUCUUACUCCAGUCAUAGAAAUACUUUCCUGUUUAAGUCGCGUCGUUUGGGUCGUGGGAGGCAGAAGAACAGUGGAAUGAAAUUUUACUCUUUCUGUGAAAGAAAACCCAGAGGCGUUGCCUUCCUUGUAGUUGGUCGGCCCCGUGAGCAGAGGGUUCCUUGACCGUGCGGCUCCUGCGACCGCACAGAGAAAGGCAGGCGGACGUGCGGAGUUGACUGCAGAUUUGCAGAGAAACAUGGACAUGCAUGUGCAAAUUCCCUUUUGGAGGCGUUAAAAAUAAUUACAAAUAGUCCUGCCUUAACUCUUCUGGGCUUGUUCCUUAGUGACCUUUGGAGGCGACAUUAAUUCUUUCUGCCACGAGGGUAUUUUGGGGUGAAUUUAACUGUAUGAACUCAGUAUAAGCUGGCGGGCCUGCAGAGCUGAACUGGCGUCUCCCUGUGCUGGGAGGAACGUGGCUGUGAGAGUGGCUAGUGUAUCCCUCAUGCCAUGUGACCCUCAUCAGGACGACAGCUGUGGUCUGCUCUGUACCUGGAGGUGUAAGAGCAUGCAACUUUGGACUCGUAAUUUUGAUGUACCUUAAGCUUCUGCACCACUGCACUCUGAAACAGAGCACGCCUUCCGGAAAGACGCGCUCUCGGAUCUGUGUCAAGGUCAGGGUGUGACCCCUGGAGAGCCUGUAAUAUUUACACCUGCCUGUGGCUUUGGAAAAUGAGAUUUGUACCUGGGUGGUGCUCACAUGUCUGGGAGUUGGUUUGUCUGUGUUUACACAGCUAUAACCUGCUAACCCCACACGUCAUGUGCUAGAAUGCUGCAUUUGGACCACACGUUUCAAAGUUGCCGUAUGGAAAUCCAUCACUCCGUAGUGACAGGUGAUCAGAUGUUCAUCACAUGUGAUGAAGAAAGAUGUAUAUACUUGGUAUAUAGAAAAAUAUGUAUACCUAGUACAUUGGAGAAAUGACUAUACCUUCAAAGAAAAUUCCCUUUUCAAUUUUAGAUUUGGGUCACCACUUUAAAUAUAUUUUAUUUACAACACUUGAUCUGUAUUUGUGUAUGCUGGUGCAAUGAUAAAAAUCACUGUAAUACUUCAUUGUGUUGUGCUGGAUCCAAAGCUAGAAAAUAUAAUAAAUGAGACUGAUGAAAGGCUUCUCUGAAAA